GCAGAAGGAAGGCCAGCGAGAUGGUGCCUCCUUUGAUGUCCCCACCGGCAGGGAAGGCGUCGCGCCUGGGACUGUCGUUUGCUGCAGCAUCAGCAGCAUCGCCCUCAGCAGCAUCUGGAGGAUGUGCUCCGCUUUUGCAGUUGCCCCUUUGCAAUUCCCCGUUAAGCCGCUGCCAAAGGGAAAGGAAGCCAGCAAAGAAAAGGAGGUGUCUAUGGGGUAGGAAAGGUGGGUCCCGGCUAUAAUGGGGCCGGGGAUCCGGGAUUCUGCCUUCUUGCUGCGCAGCCUGGAGAAGGACCCUCUGCUCCAUGAAAGCCACCCGGGAAAAGGAACGGUAACUUCCAGUGGAGAAAAGAGCCAUCCAAAUGCCAAGGAACUAAAGAACGACCCAAAUGCCAAGGAACUAAAAAAAUCACUGCCCCAAGUAAGACCAUCUCCCAACAGGCCAAGCAAAAAUGUUUGUUCUCCAACUGAAAAGAGUUCCUGUUUGGCUCCAGACAAUAGACAGACACCUUUUCACUACAAAGAAAAAAACCAGCUUUGUGAAGGUCACCAACAAAACAGAACAAGAGAUGCUUGCACUUCUUCAAACAGAGCGCCCAGGUUAAAAAAGGAGCCUGUGGUUAGAAAACGUUAUGAGGUCGGAGAGAGUAAAAACCUUUCUGCAUUUAAGGAUAAAUCCUGGAGUGAUUUCAGCAAAGCUGAAGAUACGCUGAUUCAGAAUUUUUACUACAAAGAAAAAGGGCAUUUAGGGCAGAACUCUGGAGGGCCUUUGGAGGAACCAGGCCCUUGCAGUCCUGUACGCCCGGGUCCUUCUGCUGAUCCCAUGUUUCUUGACUUUGAAUCCGUACGAAUUAUAAAAGAGGAUUCUGAUGGGGACAGUGCCAGUGACCUUUCUGACUCAGAGAGAAUUCCCAUUCCCCCCUCGCCAUGCACACCUCCUGAGCUCAACCUCCGAGCAGAAGAAAUCGACCCACUUUAUUUUGAACACCUCUUUGAUGCCAAAUUUAAACAGCCCGAUUAUUAUUACCCAGAUUUCCUCCCACCCCCUUACAACACUUGGGAUUUGAAAGGGCUUGCAGUGUUUGUCAACACAGAAUGCAGAUCAGAACCAGAGGUUCAAGCUGUGGGAUUUCUUGAGAAGUACAUUGAUCGGCUUUUGGAGUUGGAGUGGCUGCAGAUACAAACGAUACAAGCUGAGCAAGGAAAAUCAGCCAAAUCUAGGCCUCAGACUGCUGGUGUCCUUCGGACCUUAAAAAGUCCUGGGAAAAGCAAAUCAUUGCAUAGUCCUUUGCCAAACAAACAGCUGACUCCCCAUGAAGGCUUUCCUAGACUCCUCACCAGCCAUUCAGGUCCCAGAAGAGACUUGCAUGCUGAAAGAAUCAGCCAGUUUGUUCCCUAUGAGAGUCAUUCAAAAGGAGCUGAGGCCAAGUGUAGCUCAUUGGCUCACCAGCGGCGAUCUAGUGAAGUGAAGAGUGAGGCAAAAAAGCGGACCACCACCAAGCAACAGCUUCAUAGUAGGCAUCCUUCUGAUUCAAGCUCUAUGAUUCAAGGAGCUGGCAACAUUAGACCACUCAAGCCAUCCCCCUCCUUCCAUAGUUCAACUGUUCCUCUCAAGGGGCUAGCUGCCUGUGCAUCUGCAAACCCCAAGAAAAAUGGAAAUGCAAACAAUUGCCUUCCUUCCAAAAAUGCUUCAGUGGACAAGAAGCUGAAAGCAAAUGGUGUGAAGCAGACACCAUGUAAAUUUAAAUGAUGUUGUGAUGGGUCUUGUUAUAGUAGGCCCUCGAAACCCUUCCUGUGUAGCAGAAAAGGAUAGAAUACAGUGAGGUUAGACCUUCAUAGAUA